AUGACGUCGCUAAAGCUUAACGAGAAGUUCUGGUGCACAUACUUCCCGACGACACUCGAGGGCAACGCCGGCACGUGGUUCAAAACGUUACAGUCGGGCAACAUUUCAAACUUUGCUCAACUCAAGUACCUUUUCCUCACCAACUUCAUGCAGUUAUGCAAAUACAAGGGGGACUCUCAUUCCAUUAUAGGUUGUAAACAAAGAGAGGGGGAAACCGUGCGAGAAUACUUUACAAGAUUCACAAAUGCCACACUGGAUGUACCAGGGCAUGACAAAGGCCUUAUAGCCAGAGCCUUCACAUGGGGACUCCUGCCAGUCCCUUUGUCACAAAAACUUAUGGGAAAGAAGCCCUUAACACGAGUCGAGUUGAAAGAAAGGGUAGAGCGAUAUCUACGGCAGGAGGAUGGUGAAGCAGCUAAGCAAGCCUACUUGAAUGUCAUGACGACCAGGCUUCACCACCCGAGUCAUACGAACUUCCGAGGGGGAGGAAUACACUAUGGCCAGGCAAGAAGACCACCGACGCGUUUUCGACCAUUUGUUAAAGACGACAGAUGGGGUCGUCGCCCAGAAGUGUACACGGUGUCGGAGAAACAGCAACCAGCCAAGUCACCCAAGAGUCGGUACUGUGAAUACCAUAAAAGUAAGACACAUGAUACGAUUAACUGUUCGGUACUAAAGAAGGAGAUGGAGGAGAAACAACUCAAAGGAGAUCUGGUGGAGGUGGCGCGAAGCCUGCGCACCAAAUUUGAUGAUGAGAAUGCCAAGGGCCCACCCCGCGAAGGGGUUUAG